GCCGCCCCAGCCGACGAAGAUCGGCCGCUCGCUCUCAUACUUGUCUCAGUGGUUCAACCGCGACGUCCAUCUUCGCCACAGUCCAGAGGAGGAGAGAAAGAACAGAAAAAAAGUGCCGAUCCCCGAACGAAGCGGAUUAAACCCAAAAUGUCGAUGCUGUCUGCUCGUUUCGCCGCCCAGGUGGCCCGCCAGCUGCCGAGGACCGCUAGCCAGGUUGCCAAGAUCGCCGUGCCGGCCGUCCAGGUCGCCGCCCGCAACCUGCAUGUGUCGGCCGCGAACCGCGGUGCCGAGAUCUCCUCGAUCCUGGAGGAGCGCAUCCUGGGCUCGGCCCCGAAGGCUGAUCUGGAGGAAACUGGACGCGUGUUGAGCAUCGGUGACGGUAUCGCCCGUGUGUACGGUCUGAAGAACAUCCAGGCCGACGAGAUGGUGGAGUUCUCGUCCGGACUUAAGGGUAUGGCCCUUAACUUGGAGCCCGACAACGUCGGUGUGGUCGUGUUCGGUAACGACAAGCUGAUCAAGGAGGGUGACAUUGUCAAGCGUACCGGUGCCAUCGUCGACGUCCCGGUCGGUGACGAGAUCCUGGGUCGCGUCGUUGACGCUCUGGGAAAUGCCAUUGAUGGCAAGGGUGAAAUCAAGACCGGCCAGCGUUUCCGUGUCGGUAUCAAGGCCCCGGGUAUCAUCCCGCGUGUGUCUGUGCGCGAGCCCAUGCAGACCGGCAUCAAGGCCGUCGACUCGCUGGUGCCGAUCGGUCGUGGACAGCGUGAGCUGAUCAUUGGCGAUCGUCAGACUGGUAAGACCGCUCUGGCCAUCGAUACCAUCAUCAACCAGAAGCGUUUCAACGACGGACAGGACGAGUCGAAGAAGCUGUACUGUAUCUACGUCGCCAUCGGUCAGAAGCGUUCGACCGUGGCCCAGAUCGUGAAGCGUCUGACCGAUUCCGGUGCGAUGGGAUACACCAUCAUCGUGUCCGCCACCGCUUCGGAUGCCGCUCCGCUGCAGUACUUGGCCCCGUACUCGGGUUGCGCCAUGGGAGAGUACUUCCGUGACAACGGCAAGCACGCCCUCAUCAUCUACGACGAUUUGUCCAAGCAGGCCGUCGCCUACCGUCAGAUGUCGCUGCUGCUGCGUCGUCCCCCGGGUCGUGAGGCCUACCCCGGUGAUGUGUUCUAUCUGCAUUCGCGUCUGCUGGAGCGUGCGGCCAAGAUGAACCCGACCCUCGGCGGUGGCUCGCUGACUGCCCUGCCGGUCAUUGAGACCCAGGCUGGUGAUGUGUCCGCCUACAUUCCAACCAACGUCAUCUCCAUCACGGACGGACAGAUCUUCUUGGAAACCGAGUUGUUCUACAAGGGUAUCCGGCCGGCCAUUAACGUCGGUCUGUCUGUGUCCCGUGUCGGAUCCGCUGCCCAGACCAAGGCCAUGAAGCAGGUCGCCGGUUCCAUGAAGCUGGAGUUGGCCCAGUACCGUGAGGUCGCCGCCUUCGCCCAGUUCGGUUCCGAUCUUGAUGCUGCCACCCAGCAGCUGCUGAACCGUGGUGUCCGUCUGACCGAGCUGCUGAAGCAGGGCCAGUACGUGCCAAUGGCCAUCGAAGAGCAGGUCGCCGUCAUCUACUGCGGUGUCCGAGGCUUCCUCGACAAGAUGGACCCCAGCAAGAUCACUGCCUUCGAGCGCGAGUUCCUGGCUCACGUCAAGACCAACGAGAAGGCGCUUCUGCAGACGAUCGCUUCCGAGGGCAAGAUCUCCGACGAAACCGAGGCCAAGCUGAAGGGCAUCGUCACCAGCUUCAUGUCGACGUUCAGCGGCUAAGCACCGUGCUUUUGAUCUAGCUUUUAAAAACACACACACAGUAAGAAAAAAGAAAACAUCUGAGGCAACAAGGGGCGAGCAUGAAGUUUACACUCUACGGCAAGAUUGUGCGCGAUACCAUCAUCGGAGUGAAAAGAAAAUCAGUUAGUUGAAAAGGAGAAAAAAUCGAAAAAACGCCGCGACAUUUAUUGUAUUACAGUAAAAUGGGAGAUAACAUCUUGAUAUCGAAAUACAGUUUCCAAAAUACCUAAUCACAAA